CGUGUGGAUCAUCAUCAUUUCAUGUGAGGCACAAUCUGAGAAGACGCAACAAAUUAAAGAUCCAUCAUCGAUCCCACCAACAUAUAUAUUAAACGCUUAGUGAUUCCAAAAAAAAAGCCAUGGGAGAUCAUCAUGAUUUCAUCAACUCAGGAAGCUGGUGGAAAGUAUCUUCUUCUUCCUCAACAUCUUCUUCCAUGAGAGCAAGCUCAAUUGUAUCUGGCGGUUCUGAUGUUUUCCAUGAAAAGGUUCAUCAUUCAUUAGCUACUGAUCAUCAUCUACAAAUGAUUGGUUUAGGGCUUUCUUCACAACCACCUGUUGAUCAAUGGAACCAACCUCUCUUAAGAGGAGAUAGUAAAGCGGAGACAAGCUUUGGAGUGAUGCUUCAAGAGAAUCUCAAUUUAGAUGCCACCUCAAACGCAAACGCUAUUCAAGAAUCUGAUUCCUCUAACCACCAAGCUUUGUGGCGAGAUACGCAGAUCAAUAAUAGCGAUUUCAAACCGCAGCUAAAUAUGACGAGCAGCAACCGCGGUUUUUUCUUGGAAAAUCAGUUCAGCCCUCACGGGAGCUCAAGUACGGACAGUAGCACAGUAACAUGUCAAGGCUUCGCCGUUGACAACUCGUUGUACGGAACAGCAACAACUCCUAGUUCCUCUUCAGCUAUGUUUCAUCAAGGAGCUGGUUUUAAUUUGCCUGGCUCUUCCGACCAACAACCGUCGAGGAAUCAUCAGCAACCAAAUCUUGGGUACGGAAACUAUGAUCAGAUGGCAUCGACUUGGUUUUCAAGAUCUUCGCCGCCUAAACCAAACAGUCCUUUGCGAUUCUCUAACAACGCAACGUUUUGGAACCCAGCGGCAACGGCUGGAAACGUGGGUCCUACUCAUCAUGACGCGUCGUCGAACUUUUUUCCGGCGUUACAGCCGCCGCAGAUUCACGCGCCGAGUUUUGAUGAACAAAAGAGUAUAACGAAGGUUCCUGAUUCGAGGAGCAAUGAAGUAAAGAGAGGUGGAGCAGAUCAGCCGGCGGCUAAGAGGGCCAAGAGCGAAGCACCGUCUCCGUCACCAGCUUCCAAGGUCAGGAAAGAGAAAAUGGGCGACAGAAUCGCUGCGCUCCAACAAUUGGUUUCACCUUUCGGAAAGACUGACGCAGCCUCAGUGCUCUCUGAAGCCAUUGAAUACAUUAAGUUCUUACACCAACAAGUUUCAGCUCUGAGUAACCCAUAUAUGAAAAGUGGAGCAUCUUUACAGCAUCAACAGAUGAGUGAUCAUCACAAAGAGCUAGAAGUUUCAGAAGAACCAGAUCUUAGAAGUCGAGGUUUAUGCUUAGUGCCAGUUUCGAGCAUAUUUCCAGUGACGCAGGAUACUACAGUAGAUUUCUGGACUCCUACGUUUGGUGGGACUUUUAGAUAGAUUGAUAUACAGAUGAAAAAGUUAUGUUAGAUGUCGGUUGACGUAUAAUUUAACCUACAUAUACGUUGAUUUGCUGAUAAGAGAAAACCACCGAUUUUAGUCGACGUGAGAAGAUCGAUUAAUGGACAACUGAAAAGUGUUUGUCCAUUCAUAUUUUUAGAUUUAUAACAAAACUUUAAAAUAAUGUGUAAUUGAAGAAAUAUGCUUAUAUAUAGAGGAUAUGUAAGAUCUAAAGAGAUUUGGAUGAGUCUUCUUUUGUUGUUUGUUGA